CAUCCUCUUCAGUUGUCCUGUGGAUACUAGAUUUACUGAACCGAAAUUUAAGGAUUAUUGUGCCGUCCAUCCAUUUUGUCAGGAUGGCAGUGAUGCCUUCAGGUGUUGCUUAAAAAUGCUAUUUAAAUAUGCGUUGAGCUAUUAAUUUAAGUUUUUGGGGAAAAGACGAAUGCGUAAAAACGUGAGCGAUGGUGGUCGAUAUGUAUACAAAACAUUUUAAGUGUUAAGAGUUAACUGAUUCUAUCGGCGCUUAAGCAUUUUAAACUACAUUAAAAAAUAUCCAGUAAUAUUUCGAUGUUGGAGUCACGCUAGAAAUAAAGUGAAAACCAUAUGGAAUGGAAUAUUCCAUUCUAGAUAACUCUGGGUAAAAUUAAAUACAACAUAAAACACACAAUAUUUUAAUUAUUUUUGAAUUUUUAAGCAGAAACAAAGCACUUGAACCUUUCGCAUUCGUUGUUUCGAUGUAACAAGCUGUAAGUUACAUUUGUCCGAGAAGAACGUGAAAGCAACAUUUGCGUAGCCUUGCAAAUACUGCAUCUCACUGAGCAGUAGAGAUGGAUGACGGUGACGAGUCAAGUGUAGUUCUUUCUCACAACACUUCCUCUGGUUCUAAGUCGGGCGGAGACAAAAUGUUCUCCCUGAAGAAAUGGAACGCCGUGGCGAUGUGGAGCUGGGAUGUUGAAUGUGACACCUGUGCUAUCUGUCGUGUGCAGACGCUUGUCUCCGAUGUCAGGCGGAAAACAAACAAGAAGAUUGUGUUGUGGUCUGGGGUGAGUGUAACCACUCCUUCCAUAACUGCUGCAUGUCCCUGUGGGUAA